AUAAUAGAACUAGAUAUCACGAUUAACCCCCAAGCUAAGUUUUGAAGAAACUUAGCAAAUUUCACUUACCAUUCGCCAUGGCUCUAGCAGAGCAUCAUAUGCUCUGUGCUUUGGCCAUUGUUUUUAUUGCUAUACUCCAUCUGGUAAAGGGAGAUCCAUGCCAUAGCUAUGAAACCAUCAAUAACCCCUACCGAAGUACCGAACACAAAUGGAAUUCGGGAGAACCUGUAAUUUGUGACUACCUCCUUACAAGAGGAUGGUACAGAUUCAUGAGCAAUGUCGGUGGCCAAAUACCCACAGUCAAGCCAAAACCAUAUCACUGCGGCACAGUUGCCCCUAUUUGGAUGAGGGGGAUACUUCCAGCAACUCGAGGACAAAUCGUUAACACUACGGCAUGUGUUAACAUGUACGACAUGUCAAACGGCUGCUUCAGAACACAUCAGAUCUCCGUAAAGCAUUGUGGAGACUACUUUGUAUACUUCCUUGUACCGACUAGAGGAUGUGCAAUAGCUUAUUGUGCAGGAAACCUGCGUCCUUGUCCAAGAGGAACCUUUGGAGAAUACCCAAAUUGCAUAGACCACAAACCAUUAGAUUUUCCCUACGAACUUAUUCCAACGCCAAGAGUAAAACCGAAACUUGACGAUCAGCCAAUGGUUACAAUGCAAUGUGUCUUUGAUGACUUUUCCAAACAGUGGAAUAACGUUACAUUUUUGGUUGAAUGGUAUAAAAAUGGAAAUUCUACCCUCAAUCAGACGGUCUGCGAAAACCAAGAGAAUUGUAUGGAAAGGGCAGGCGAGCUUGCGCAUAACUACUACAGACCAGGGGAUUGGCUUCGUUGUCAACUUCGUAUGAAAUACUCAGCGAAUCCUGCAAACAACUGGACGCUUUCAGGGAAAAAGAGUGAUUACUUUUACGUUGGUAUUGAGGUUUUUCCAACGAGAAUAUAUCUCACUGAGUGUAAGCCAAACACAUCUGUAUUCAUAACCUUCCGACCAACCGUACCUCUUGUGUCCAAUGGUUUCGAUGGUGGCCUAAAAGUGGAAGCAUAUUUACCCCGUCAUUACGAUCAAAACUGGCAUCAAGUUGCUGCCGAUACAUGUAACAUAUUUCUCAAAGGAUUAGCCGAAAAAAGAAUCAAGUUGAAAGGAGUUUGUGACAUUCCCAAUCAGCAGCAAACUGAUUUGGAUUUUCACUUUGAUUUAAGCCCCAAUGCACAUUUGUUUUGGGUACGAUAUCGUUUGAAAUCAGUCAAGGUAUCAGUAAAAAACACAGAACAUGGAAUUUGUUCAUCUACUGGUGAUCCUCAUUAUUCAACGUUCGAUGGAAGGUAUUAUGACUUUUAUCAACCGGGUGAUUACCUGAUGUAUCGUCGGUCGACGGACAAGACUAGUUUAGUUGAAGUUCAUUCACGCCUCUGGACCUGCAAUGGUGGAGUAUCCUGUAAUUGUGGUGUGGCAAUACGCGAAAACAACGAUAUCAUAGUACUAACAGUAUGCAAUGAAUUGCUUAUGCGAAAUGAUUACACAAAAUUUAAGGCAUACCUACCGAGGGGUAAAAAAAUCGCACGUGGAACACAUAUUUACAGAACUGUUACAGGUAGUUCAGUAGAUUUUAAGGUUAUAUUGUCGUCUGGCAUUCGAAUCACUGCAAGCCGCAGUUACUGGGGCAUGAGUGUUACUAUCUACUCACCAAAACCCGACAAUGGAAAUGAAAUAUCUGGUCUUUGCGGCAAUUUCAACGGUGAUCAAUCCGAUGAAUUUCAGCUUAAAGGAAUAAUAUACGACGAGCCAAAUGCUUUUGUGGAAAAACUGUGGAUCAAACCUAACGAAAGUCAUUUUGAAGUUCGUCCAGAAGAGGAUAUAUAUCCCCCAAGAAGGACAGAGUCUUGUUUGUGUCCCAAAGCAUUAAAUGGUAAAGCAUAUUGUCAAGAUACAGAAAAUUUCUAUGAAGUAAGCGGGAAUGCAAAAGAAGUAAAAAACGAUAUGGAAAAGACAGCAGAAAAUCGACGUCGAUCUGCUCGUGAAUACUGGUACAGUGACAAUAUAAUUGAUUACGAAGAUCGCAGCUUUUUUGUGAACGCAAAGGAUGCACGACACGCUUUCCAUCGUAUACGCAGUAAACGGUCUAUACAAAUUCUGAUGUCAAAGGAAAACGCCACUAGAUAUUGCCAACGAAUUAUUGAAAAAUCAAAAGCAGGAAAGACGUGUAAAGACGUGCCUGGGACAAAUAUUACAGUAGCCAUGAUACAGUGUGUAACCGAUCUACAGUUAACCGGCGACACGAGCUAUGCAUACUCUGCUUUUGAUUAUAUGAAAAACGAAUGUGAAGAACUUUCUUUAAGUAAUAUAUCUUUAUACACCAACGACUCAAAAGGAGAAAUGGUUCCUCCUGUAAAGAUCCUUGACAACUUGUGUCCUAACGACUGUAGUAACCAUGGUAACUGUACCAACCAAACCUGCAUAUGUGACGAAGGCUUUACUGCACUUGAUUGCUCCAUGGAAGUUCAAGCAAUUCCAGAAAUAUUUGGCAUCUACGAUGGAGGACUAUGUGAUAUUCGUAGGCGUCCCUGUAAGAAGACAGAUAUAUUUGGUCAUGAAUUCAUCAGCUCAGGGAACCUAACAUGUCACCUAAAAGAAUUCAAGGUUUUUGCAGGCUACUGGUCUCCAAGAACAGCCAUUAUCGAACUACCAGGAGAAAUGACUGACAUCUAUAUUGUUAAAUGCCAACUCCCUGAUCCACCAAUCAAUGUUGGUGAUUACGAAAACGAAGGCAAUCCUGCUGGAGGACUCUUAAUUUCUAUCUCAAAUGAUGGUGUGAAAACCAGUCAACGGCAGCUAAAGUUUGUUUCUUACGAUUCCGUUUGCUUAGACUGUAGCAAAUUGAGUAAUUGCACACUAAAGAAUGAUGCCUGUAUAAUCAGAGGGCAUUGCUUUGCUGCACUUCAACCGAAUCCACGUGACUGGUGCCAGCAGUGCAAACCGAGAAUAGAUCAAUACAAUUGGACACUAAGAGAAGAUAAUUACGCCCCAAAUAUCACUUCCAAGACCAUGUACAGUACCAUACUUGGAGAAUAUCUAGUUCUUCAAUUCCAAGCAACAGACCUCGAUAACCGACCUGUCAAGUACUCUUUACUCAGUUCUACACCUACUGGCUGCACAAUGAGCCCAUCUGGUCUACUGAGGUGGAACGUAACAUCGAAUGAGAAUCAAAAAUUUACUCUACAAGUCACUGACGAGUGUGAAGCGUUUGAUACAUUGAAUAUCACAGUGCGUAUAUUACAGUGUCCGUGUCUGAAAGGUGGUCAGUGCGUUCCUCACCCCUAUCACCCACGAGGAUCUGGACAGUACUACUGCAACUGUCCUCGAGGAUUCACUGGAGCAAAUUGUGAACAAAACGUUAAUGACUGCAUUGGUGUUAACUGCAGAAAUGGUACGUGCGUUGACGGGGAUAACAACUACACAUGUCGCUGUAAUGUUGGCUUUAAAGGGACUCACUGUGAUCAGCAAGAGAUCCGUUGUAGUAAUCAUUCCUGCUAUACCGGAGUGCAAUGUACCGAUACCAACGGUAAUAUUACUUGUGGUUCCUGCCCUCCCGGAUACUCCGGUGACGGAAAAGCAUGCGUAGCUGAAACCACGACUGCAGCAACUACGAAGUUAUCGACAACUGUAGCAGUUCCAUUAACAACUGAAAGUAUGAAUACAGAGAGUACGACGGCUCAGAUAACUACGAAAACUUUAACAACGACUGAAAGUAUGAACACAGAGAGUACGACGGCUCAGAUAACUACGAAAACUCCAACAACGACUGAAAGUAUGAACACAGAGAGUACGACGGCUCAGACGUCAACUACAGAAAAAAUCAAAACAGAACUACGAAUCAUUCAAGAGUGGAAGGAUGAAUUAAAGAACCCCAAAAGCAGGGCCUUCAUUCAACUUGCAAACAAACUCAAGAAAGAGAUAUGGUUGGCAUUUGCAAGGAGCAAGACCUUGAACAAGGUUGAUGUGCUGUCGUUCAGAAAAGGAAGUAUAGUUGCUGAAAUGCUAUUGGUUUUUACUUCAAAACAAGACGAUCCACUAAAACUGCUUAGAAACCGUAUCAAAAAUGGCCAAUUGGGAGACAUGAGUGUAGAUCCUACCUCCUUGAAGAUUGUCAAGAACAAGGAAGAUGAAACGUCAACUGAAAAAUCCAGCCAUUUAGUCCCCAUAUUGGUCUCUGUUGCGGUUGUGUUAGCUGUUCUAGUGCUAGGAAUGGUGAUCAUUAUCAAGUGGAGAGCACGACAACAAAACCGCGCAGCUGUAAAGCGGUUAGUCGACAGAUUGUCUGGCAAUCCAUCAGAUCCUUUGCCAGGUACAAGAAAGUAUGAUGUCGAGUUGGCGAACACAAUCAAGUACAACCUCCAGACGGAUGGAUCAGUGGUUCGCAGCAAGGAGAAAUGGGUUGAUGACUCAAUGGUGCUAGACAAUCCCAAAUUCAAGGAAUAGAAUCUGCCUUGACCAAGUGUUCAAUCACUGACAACGCACUGAUAUGUAUAUUUGCACACGGUAUAAUCAUAAACGUUUGGCUAUUGCUUGCAUUUAAUAGCUGCUUGAUUUAAACGAAUACAAUUCAGCAAAAGCAUUUUUAGACAAUGAUCGAUAUGUUUUAGUUGGUCGUAAGUACCAAAAUAGAUAUUAAGCCAAUCGUAAGCUAAGCUUAUUUGACUUAUACAUUUCCAGCAAAUGCUGCGUUUUCAUUAUAGCCCCAGAUUGUAGAGUUAUUAUGUUUGUAAUUUGUUAGCUUUACUAGGCAUAUAUGAUGAAAUUCAGGUAUUGAGCAGCACGAUUCUAGUUUUAGGAUACUAUUGUAAUAGUCUACUCUGCAUAACCCUCGUGGGUCCAGCCGUUCGGCUAUCAUUAAGUCUCAUUAUUAACCAAGUAAUGCACCUUUUUUUCAAAUUAUAUAAUCUUUCUGUACGUUUAUUCUAUUGAAAUAAACAACUUUAAGAAUCAAGUAAA